AUGUUGAUCCGCAGGAACCGAGGCGCAGGUGGCCCGAGCGCCCAGCGGGGGAAGCUCCAGGCGGCCUCCAUCACCAGCUCCUCCGUCUCCGACGUCAAUGCCCACCACGCAUGGCCAGCAGCCCAAAUGGCACUGACAUCAUGGAAAGCGUUCAACUUUAUCGACGUCACCCCUGUCAAACUGCCAGAGGCAAGCUCCGCGUUGUUCGGGAGCGACUUAUCUAGUCUCUGCACCGGAUCUGCGAACCUCUUCCUCGGUACCGUCGAUGGCUUCGUGCACAUUGUCUCCUCGUCCUUCCGCAUCUUGCGCUCGUUCAAGGCGCAUGAUGCUGGGUCCAUUACGCAUAUGAAACAGAUCGGCGGGACGUCAUUGCUUGUUACUGUCGCGGAGGAUCUGUCGAAUGAACCGGUGCUUAAAGUCUGGGCUCUCGAUACGGAGAAGAAGGAUGGCGGGCCCAAGUGUUUGUCGACUGUUUCGGUGCAGAAUGCGAGGAGGCAAUUCCCGAUAUCUGCCUUUGCGGUCGUCGACGAUCUCUCGCAAGUAGCAGUCGGUUUCGCGAACGGGUCGGUGACGAUUAUCCGCGGCGAUUUGAUUCAUGAUCGUGGUGCGCGCCAGCGCAUUGUCUUCGAGUCGGAGGAGCCCAUCACCGGCCUUGAAACACAAAACGGGGCCGUGACUGUGCUUUACAUCUCGACGACGAGCCGAAUCCUGACACUAGUGAUCGCGGGACGGGGACAGGGCCAGCCUGCGCGUGUUUUGGAAGAUACCGGUUGCGCACUGGGGUGUAUGACGCUUGACAAGGAGACGGGGCAGAUUCUCAUUGCUAGGGAAGACGCCAUUUACAACUAUGGACCUCGUGGUCGGGGCCCGAGCUAUGCGUUUGAAAGCCCGAAGACGUCUAUCAAUGCCUUCCACGACUACGUGGCUCUGGUUUGCCCGCCGAAAGCAGGCUCUACUAAAGGUGAUCCGAUGCGCAAGUAUGGGGUUAACCCUGCAGAGGACAUACUUGGCUCGACGACGUUUACUUUGCUCGAUACCGAUUUGAAAUUUAUCGCGCAUAGCGAGUCGCUGGUGUCGCCGAUGAAGCACAUUUUCAUAGAAUGGGGAGAUCUUUUCUUGCUCACGACAGAUGGAAAGAUAAUCCGAUAUCGCGAGAAGAGCCUUCAGCAAAGGCUGGAAAUUCUUUACGAGCGCAAUCUCUACAUUUUGGCCAUUAAUCUCGCACAGAAGAUUGGGAUUGAUCCAUUGCAGCAGAAUGCGAUCUAUCGCAAAUAUGGUGACUUCUUGUAUCAGCGUGGUGACUAUGAUACGGCGAUGCAGCAAUAUCUAAGGGCAAUUGAUAACACGGAACCGUCACAAGUUAUUCGAAAGUACUUGGAUACACAACGAAUCCAUAACUUGAUCGAGUACCUUGAGGAGCUUCACGACCAUGGACGUGCGACUGUGGACCACACCACCCUUCUUUUGAACUGCUAUGCAAAGCUUAAAGAUACCACCAAGCUGGACUCAUUCAUCAAAGCUCCUGGUGAGCUCAAGUUUGAUCUGGAAACCGCUAUUGCUAUGUGUCGACAAGGGGGUUACUUUGAGCAGGCGGCUUUCCUAGCCACGAAGCAUGGCGAGAAUGACAUGGUUGUCGAUAUUUUGAUCGAGGAUUCGAAGAAAUACGCCGAGGCUGUGGAGUACAUUUGGCGAUUGGAUCCUGAAGUAGCGUAUCACAACUUAAUGAAGUACGCACGGGUUCUCCUGACUCACUGUCCCGAGGAGACGACGGAGCUCUUCAAAGUAUACUACACGGGCCAAUACCGACCGCGAACCACAGUGGAACCAGCGCCCGAGCCUCAAGCUCAGCCAGCAAGCGCUGUUCAAAGUCUUGCUGGACUUCUUCCACUGCGGUACGUGACUGGGGGUUCUGGCACACAAGCCCAGGCUCCAGCUACUAAGACAGCACCUGCCGAAGAGGAGCCAGCCGAGAACCUGCCACCACAAUACGAAGUCCCGAAGCCACGGACUGCAUUCUCUGCAUUCGUAGACCACCCGCAAAACUUUAUCAGUUUCCUGGAGACACUCGUGCAACAGCCAGAGCUUAAACAAGAGGCUAAGGUGGACCUUUUCACAACCUUGUUUGAGAUGUAUCUUGAUGCUGCAAAGUCCACAAAAGAUUCUGUCCAGAAACAAGAGUGGGAAGGAAAGGCUAAGAAGCUGAUUGAAGGGAAAGACAUCCCAAUCUCUACAUCCAAUGUCCUUCUUCUCUCAGAUCUAUCAAACUUCCGAGAAGGUUCCACGCUUGUCCGUGAACAGGAAGGCCUGCGACUUGACAUUUUCCGCUCAUUCACAUCCGCUAAGGACACACAAGGAGCUAUUCAAGCCUUGCGGCGAUAUGGACCCGAUGAGCCGCAGCUCUAUAUCGACGCCUUGACAUACUUUGCCUCAAGUCCACAGAUCCUGAAAGAAGCAGGCGAUGAACUGGACAAGGUCCUGCAACGCAUUCAUGACGACGGUCUUCUUUCCCCCUUGCAGGUAAUCCAAGCUGUCAGCAACAACGCCGUGAUCACAAUGGGCCGACUCAAGAAGUACCUCGGUAACAACAUCGCCAGCGAAGACAAGCAGAUCAAAACCAACCAACGCCUAAUCUCAAGCUACAAAUCCGAAACAGCCACCAAACAACAAGAACUUACCAACCUGUCCACCCAACCCGUGGUCUUCCAAUCCCGCCGCUGCCAAUCCUGCGGCGGAACCCUCGACCUCCCAACCAUCCACUUCCUCUGCCGCCACUCCUUCCACGAGCGCUGUCUCAACCGCGUCGACGAGGACGCGCAAUGUCCUGUUUGUGCGCCGACGAAUGCGACGUUAAGGGCUAUUCGGCAGCGCCAGGUUGAGUCGGCGGAUCAGCAUGAUUUGUUUAAGGCUGAGUUGGGGAGGUCGAAGGAUCGGUUUGGUGUUGUUAGUGAGUUUUUUGGGAGGGGGGUUAUGAGGGCUUCUAAUACUAUGGAGGGGUGA